GUGGAUUGAUGAAAGGAUUGCACACUGUGAAUCUUCAAGUGUGGGCUAUAGAGGAGAAGUUUUGAGGUUGCUUUUUUCUUUACUGAAUUUCGUGUCAGUAUUAUGGAAAACUUCGGUCUCCUUUUGGUACAGACCAAACUUUGAAGGAGAGUGAUUACCCCGAGCUAGCCGUUGCUAAGCUUUUAGGGUCUGUGAAAGGGAAGGGAGUGCAAUCAGGCUCAUACAGUGCUGUUGUUCAUUGCUUGCAGAACUUGCCAUCAGAAGUACAGAUGCAGGCUACUGCUCUAGAGGUGCAGAGGCUUCUUGUCUCUGGUAGAAAGAAGGAAGCACUAGAAUUUGCACAAGAAGGUCAACUAUGGGGGCCAGCUCUUGUUAUUGCAUCUCAGCUUGGUGAUCAGUUUUAUGGCGAUACUGUGAAGCUAAUGGCACUCAAGCAAUUAAAAGUUGGGUCACCAUUACGGACAUUAUGCCUAGUGGUUGCAGGCCAACCAGCAGAUGUGUUUUCCAAAGUUUCCUCUGGUAGCAAUCUCCCUGGUUAUGUAAAUACUUCCAUCCAGCCCGGACAGGUUGCAGCUAAUAUGUUGGAUGGAUGGGAAGAGAACUUAGCCAUCUUAACGGCUAAUAGAACAAAAGAUGAUGGACUUGUUAUAAUUCUUCUUGGAGAUUGCUUGUGGAAGGAGAGGAAAGAGGCUGCUGCUGCACACAUAUGCUAUUUAGUUGCAGAAGCCAGCUUUGAGCCUUAUUCUGAUGGUGCUAGACUUUGUCUUAUUGGUGCUGCUCAUUGGAAUUGUCCACGAAUAUAUGUUAGUCCAGAGGCAAUUCAGAGGACAGAACUAUACGAGUACUCAAAGGUGCUUGGAAAUUCUCAGUUCCUCCGGCUACCUUUUCAGCCAUAUAAGCUUAUUUAUGCUUAUAUGCGGCUGAAGUUGGGAAAAUGGCUGAUUCUUUGAAAUACUGUCAAGCCAUUUUGAAGUCUUUGAGAACUGGCCGAACACCUGAAGUGGAAACUUGGAAACAAUUAGUGUCAUCUCUUGAGGAAUGAUUAAGAACCCACCAGCAGGGUGGUUACUAUGCAAACUUGGCUCCUACUAAAUUGGUCGGUAAAUUGCUCAUGGUCUUUGAUAAUAGUGCUCGUGUUGUUGGAGGCCAAUCUCCACCUCUUCCUUCUACAUAACAUGGCAGUGUUCAUCAAAAUGAGUUUGUUCACCAACCACUAGGCUCAAACACAUCUCACAAUCAACCUACAAUGUUAAUGCAACCACUGACAUCCUCUUUAUCAAUGGAUUCAACAAUGGCCAUGCCAUCACUGAUGCCUUCUGCGUCAAUGGAACCCAUUAAUCAAUCGACUAGUCAGACUGAUCUAGCAGCAAUGCCUAGUAGAAGCGUCUCUGAGCCAGACUUUGUUCAAAGUGACAGAAGGGUAAC